AUGUCCGAGCACACUCUGCCCCAGCUUCCUUACGCUUACAAUGCCCUUGAGCCCGCCAUCUCCGAGGAGAUCAUGACCGUCCACCACACAAAGCACCAUCAGCUUUACGUCACCAACCUUAACAACGCUAUCAAGGCUUACAACCAGGCCAUCUCCAGCAACGAUGUCCGCAAGCAGAUCGAGCUUCAGAGCGCCAUCAAGUUCAACGGUGGUGGUCACAUCAACCACUCGCUCUUCUGGAAGAACCUUGCCCCUUCCAAACAAGGCGGUGGACAGCUCCAGGAUGGUCCCCUCAAGCAGGCCAUUGAGCGUGACUUUGGCUCGCUCGACAACUUGAAGUCCAGCUUCAACGCCACUAUUGCCACCAUCCAGGGUUCUGGUUGGGGAUGGCUCGGAUUCAACCCCAAGAACUCGAAGCUUGAGGUUGUUACCACCAAGGACCAGGACCCUCUCAUCUCGCACCACCCCAUCAUCGGUGUCGACGCUUGGGAGCACGCCUUCUACCUUCAAUACAAGAACGUCAAGGCUGACUACUUCAAGAACAUCUGGUCCGUCAUCAACUUCAAAGAGGCAGAGGACCGCUUCAAGGCUGCUCAGACCGAUGCCAAGGCCCGUGUCUAA